AUGCAGCACCGGCCGGCCAGCACAUUUGAAGCAGCGCCGCGCUUAUACAACGAGAAGACCAAGAAAGCGGAGUAUGCCUUCUUUGAGGGCACCAGCCUGAAGUUUCUUCAAACCACUGCAAAGAUGCUUGAGAAAGAGAGGUUUGAAAAGCAGGAUUAUGUCUUCAAAGAAGGUGAAAUGGGUUUCAGCAUGUACUUCAUUUGCUCCGGGAGUAUUGUCAUCUCUAAGGGCUCCGAUAUCUCGGAUGUGGAGAUUCUGUCUCGAGGGAACCACUGUGGUGAUUCAGCCGUUUUUGGAUUCUCUCGGAGGAGUACUUCAGCAAUCGCGAGAGAACAUACCGAGUGCCUGGUCUUGAAAAACCGUGUGUUCCAAGCGAUCUUGGAGAGGUUUCCCGAAGAGAAGGAAUACUUCGCCAAGAGGGCGGAUCAUAAGAAGAAGGAGCUGAGGAGCGUCGGAAGAAUGCAGCAGCGCAGAACUGGACGCAAUUUCAGGCCCAAACGCGCCUGGGGAGGAUCUCAUGAGUCCUCCAGUGACUCAGACCGUGAUGCGGCCGAUGAUCCUGCUCCAGUGCUGCCCAGCGAGGAUGCCGCUCCGUUGCCCGACACCGAGAUUCCGGGAGCGUAUCCCGAGCUGAAGAAGAUGAACAUUUUGGACCUCCAAAAACCUCCCAGGCACGGUCCGGAGCAGCUGGUGCCCCCGGCACCAGCGAAGCUUCCUGAAGAUCGCCACUUUCAAGCUCGCAUGGGCAAGGAGUUGGCGACCGUGGGCCGCACCGCCUUUCUGCGCAAGAUGGCAGUGGCGGAGGCGCUCAAAGAGGAGAUGGCGCCGUUCGGCUCCAACAGCUUGAGACCACAAGGUGCAGGUGCUUGGAAGGUGGACAAGAAGACCAUUGAGGAGGAGAAGGGCGAGAGAAAUGCCAGCAAGGAGCGUGCGUCGUCCAAGUCACCUCGACCUCCAGCGGUGAAGAAGGCCUUGGAGGAGGAUGAUUUUGACUUGAACUUCGACCUGAACAACAUCGACCUCAAUGCGAUUGAUCCCUGGAGACGCCGUCCGAGGCUCAUGGGUGCCCGGGUUCUCUUUGACGUCGCUGAUCUUCCGGACCAGGCACCCACCAUGUGGAACGUGCCUCGUCGUUGUGGCGAUGAUUUUGGGGAACGUGCCUCCAGAGAGGCUUCUAUGGAGCACAGCACAGUACAGUACUCCAUUGUGCACGACUGUGAGUCUGGGAACAGCACUGGGUCGAGGCUUCCUCGUGCCCACUUUGUGCCCUGCAACACGACUGCGGCCGUGCCGAUUGAGAACGAGAACUUCAAGGGAGAGGUCUUACUCCUAUAUCGGCCCACCGAAGGGCUCGAUCGGGGCCAUCCCUACUAUGAGCACUUCCGUCAUCGGAAGCGGAACUGGGAGCUCCGGCUCCAGGGGAAGUUCAAGAAGGCGCCUCGCGGGCAGUUGUUUGUAGGGGCAGUGCUGCGUGAUUUCAACUACGAUCAGCCAGUGGCCUCUUCAUCAAUCCUUGCAAUGAAUACUGCAAUUACGCUGGUGAAGUACCAGUAUAGGAUCUAUUUCUCCUGGGGAGCACGCUGUCAGGAAGCCUUGCGCACAGACGCUGAACUCGGGCAUGCUGUGUCGGACCUCACGGUCUUUGACCAGAUUAUCAUCACUCCAAAUGGGAGGCCUAUACCUCACAUUUGCAGUGACUUGGACGACCCCAGCGACAAAUACGGGUUGAGUUUGAUGCGGAGAGAUAUGGGUCUCUCUGAGUACAGUAAGAUGAUCCAGGAGAUUGAGGGUACACUCAAUACAGAGGACACCUACACGUUCAGGCUGUGGGGUCCUGCUCCAUUUCUGGAUGUGUUGAAUUGGCAGCUGAAGAUGGGAGCUCGAGUUAGCUUGGACCAUUUUAUGAAGGAUUUUCCGAUCCACGUUUGCAUGUACGACCUGCCAGCUUGUCACGAGAACGGCCAUGGCGAUCCGCGACACUUGGAGUCCAAGAAGCGCUACUACUUCGACUUCAUGGGCUGGAGCAACGCCGUCACCAUUGCUCCGGUUAUUUUUGACCGGUAUGUUUUCCACAGUGCACCAGAAGGGUAG